AAUUUUAUAUUCAACUUUCACAUUUCAGAUUUGACUAGUGGUUGGUCAUCGACGCCACUGAUUUGCCGGAGAAGACAGAUGGCGAGAUCGUGCUCAAUGUGGACGCCGGUUUUGAUCUCACUUUCUCCGAUGACCGGAGAUUCAGCUAAACUUUCCCGGCGACGGGUGAUUUUAGCCACAAGUGUAGGUUAUCCUCAGCCUUUACUUGAAGCAAACAUUAAGGAACCGCAGAAGCUUCAAGUUCUUGAUUCCAAAGAUGUUUCCAGGAGAAACACGUUGCUGUAUCUAACGGCUGGAGUUCUUGGUGGGGUUAACUUUCUCCACGGUGAAGCAGCAGAAGCUCGAGUAGGGAGAAAGGAGAACAGGAGAAAAGCUCUAGAGAAGCUGAGAGGGAAAGCGAAAGAGUCUGAGCCCAAGUCAGGAGAUGAGAAGAAGAAAGAGUUAGACACUGAAAUAUUUCCUCUUCUUCCUCCACCUCUCCAACCACAAGCCCUUGGACCUCUUGUUGAAGCAAACUUGUUGCCAUAAAAGCUUUCUCUUACUACUUUACACAAUGUGAGAAUCAAAGUAGAUUCCAUUUCAUCAUCAUCAUCCAACGAAAUGACACAACAUAAUGUUCUGUCA